GUUGUGAUAAACUUAUUAAAUAGAUAAUUUGUCGACUGAGUGAGAGAUGUUGACUUCUUCGGCCAAAUUAGCCUCCAGGAGGCUCGCUAACGUGUCCUCUCCUUCUUCCUCGGCGUGUUCAUUGUUGUCGAGGAGGCAUUCGGCAGCGGGUGCUGCUCCUAGUAAAGUGGAAGUUUUCAUCGACGACAAGCCAGUGUUGGUUGAGCCUGGAACCACGGUGCUAAAUGCCUGUGCAGUGGCGGGCGUUGAGAUUCCCCGCUUCUGCUACCACGAGAAACUGUCCAUAGCCGGCAACUGUCGCAUGUGUCUGGUGGAAGUGGAGAAGAGUAUCAAGCCAGUGGCCUCAUGUGCCAUGCCAAUAAUGCCAGGUAUGCGUGUGAAGACGAAUUCGGAGGUGUCAAGGAAGGCUAGGGAGGGAGUGAUGGAGUUCCUGCUUGUCAAUCAUCCGCUGGACUGUCCCAUCUGUGACCAGGGAGGAGAGUGCGAUCUGCAGGACCAGUCUAUGGCAUUCGGGAGUGACCGCAGUCGAUUCGUGGACAACAGCUUUGAGGGCAAAAGGGCGGUGGAGGACAAGAACAUUGGACCCCUGGUGAAGACUAUCAUGACCAGGUGUAUCCACUGCACCAGGUGUAUCAGAUUCGGAAGUGAGAUUGCAGGAGUUGAUGAUCUGGGAACCACUGGAAGGGGAUCUGGCAUGCAGAUCGGAACAUACGUGGAAAAGAUGUUUCAAUCCGAACUGUCGGGAAAUGUUAUCGAUAUCUGUCCCGUCGGUGCUCUGACCUCCAAACCAUAUGCGUUCACUGCCAGGCCAUGGGAAAUUAGGAAAGUGGAAACGAUAGACGUUAUGGAUGCAGUUGGCUCCAAUAUUGUUUUGAACACGCGUGCAGGAGAUUUGAUGCGAAUUGUGCCCAGAAACAACGAUGAUAUAAACGAGAGUUGGAUCUCUGACAAGUCUCGCUUCGCCUAUGAUGGUCUGAAGUACCAGCGACUCACACAUCCUUUCGUGAGAGACACUCCCGGGUCAGGCCAGCUGAAAAAGUGCUCAUGGGAAGACGCCAUAACUUCUGUGUCCAAUGAAAUGUCUUCGGUGGACGGGAAUGAGAUGGCGGUUGUGGCUGGUGGAUUUGCGUGUGCGGAGUCACUGACUGCAGUGAAGGACCUGAUGAACAGACUGGGCUGUGAGAAUCUGUUCACAGAAGAGAGAUUCCCUCUUUAUAGUGGAACGGACUUCCGAUCGCAGUACCUCCUGAACACAGGCAUCGCAGGAGUGGAAGAGGCAGAUGAGAUCCUGCUGAUAGGGACCAACCCCAGAUACGAAGCGCCUCUGUUCAACGCCAGAAUUAGAAAGUGCUUCAUCCACAAUGACUUGAACGUAGCAGUUGUUGGACCUAAAGACAUGCAAUUGACCUAUGAGUAUGACCAUUUGGGAGACAGUGUGGCAGUGGUUGAGAAACUUAUCGAUGGAAGUCACCCAUAUGCGAAGAGACUUCAGAAUGCGAAGAAGCCACUGGUGGUGCUGGGCAGUGGUCUCUUCGAGAGAAAGGACUCCGAUUACAUCAUGAAAUUGGCCACCCAACUUUGCCUCAAGUAUACGCCCAAGGACUCAGGUCAUUCGUGGAAGGUGUUCAACGUUUUACACAGGGUUGCCAGUCAAGUUGCAGCUCUGGACCUGGGUUACAAACCAGGAGUCGACGCAAUUGUAGAAGGGAAAGUGUCCAAACCGAGAGUCCUGUUCCUCCUAGGAGCAGACAAGAACAUCGUCAACAGAUCUCACCUGCACAAGAACUGUACAGUUGUGUAUCUCGGACACCACGGGGACUCCGGAGCUUCUAUGAGUGACGUGGUUUUGCCAGGAGCAGCCUACACUGAGAAGACAGCGACUUAUGUUAAUACAGAGGGCCGAGCUCAGCAGACGCGACAAGGAAUAACGCCUCCUGGAAAUGCACGCGAGGACUGGCACAUAAUAAGAGCACUGUCUCAACUAUGUGGUGUGAAGUUACCCUAUGAUGACGUGAGGUCAAUCAGGGCCCGGAUGACUGAAAUUUCACCCAGUUUGACCAGAUAUGGAAGUAUGGAACAGGCCAACUAUUUUUCACAGGCGCACAAGGCUGCCGAACAGUUGUUUAACCCAGCGAAGAGCAACGAAGCAAUCAAAACUGAGCAGACGAAAUUAGCCGAUUUUUACGUCACAGAUUGCAUCACGAGAGCGUCUCCCACAAUGGCCAAAUGUGUCAAGGCAGCUGCGGAGGCUCAAUCCAAGUUUGGCCAACAGUAAUGAAGUGACCCUGAAAUAAAUUCUAACAUUUGUAAAAACUCGCAUCUGAAAGUUGACUCGAAUCUGAGAUCAUGUCAAAUUUCUGAUAUUGAAUGGCAUUUAAAGUAGUUAAAUUUUGAUUAUAUCCUCUGCCUUUUUAACCAGAGGAGCAUAGUAAAAUGAAAUGGAAGAGAUGGUUAAGA